GCGCUGCCCUGUGGCGUAUUUUGAGGACAAGGACACGAAAACUGUCAGUAGAGUGUUCACAUGUGAGCAUCAAACAUGGCGAGGUUUCUGAGGCCCAACAUCAGGAGUUUUGUCACCUCACAGCUGAGAAAGUCAUCUGACCAGCUGGGUGAGCUGGGUAAAGGUGCAGGAAAAGGUGGUGGCGGUGGAGGGUCCAUCAGAGAGGCAGGUGGAGCCAUGGGGAAGAAGCAGGCUGCUGAGGAGGAGAUGUACUUUAAGCGUAAGGAGAAGGAGCAGCUAGCUGCAUUGAAGCAGCAUCACCAGGAGGAAAUUGACCACCACAAAAAGGAGAUUGAACGUAUGCAACGCGAGAUCGACCGCCACAAGGGAAAAAUCAGGAAGUUGAAGCACGACGACUGAGUUAAACCCCCUGGGGAAAAAGUUCCAGUAUUCUCACCUACACAGCCAGACACCUUUACAACUUACUCAGAUUGCUGCAUGCACUGUGUCACCGAGACAGUCAUAAAUGUAUGGUUUAUUGUUCUGUAAAUGCUUGAGUUAUUAAAACCAUUCAUAUAGUGAUUAUUGUUUCCAUGGCAUGCUCUGAAUCAAGUUGUACAACUUCUUCAAGCCCUUUCCCUUAAUUGUAGUCGGUGGUCAGUGAGCUUUAUGUUGCAUACAAAACACCAAAGUGAUAUGAAACUAAAUAUUUGUUAUGCUUCACAUGGCAACAACUUCGUCACCUUAAUUCAUUGUGAUGUAUAAAUUAAUUUGUAAUGUAAAUGGAACUGAUAGUUCUGUCUUUUAGUGCUGUGGAGAUUAGUUGAUCAACAGAAAAUCCAAUGAUUUUGAUAAUAAAUAACUUGUUUUAGUAAUUUAUUUUGGGAAAUUACCAAAUAUUCUCUCAUUUUAACUUUGCAGAUGUUAGGAUGUGCUGCUCUGUACUGUUUAAAGUUGAUGCACAUUAAAUAUAUUUAAGGUUA